AUGCCUCUAAAAGUAGCGCAAAGGACUUCCUCCUUCAGAUGCAUUGCGCCAUGCUCCUUGUCUUGUUCUUUUUUUUCUUCCUUCAAAAGAUCUGGUUUGGAAGUUUUACCAUCGCCACGAAAGACUCCGCUCUCUGCCUUACCUGGCUCCAAGUGGAGUCCGCUUACUUUAUCUUCAAUUGAAUCUCCUUUGGUUGAGUUAAGCGAAGAUCAAACGGAGCAUCUCUGGCUGAAGUUUGGGCAGCUCGGGAUCCUUGGGGUCACAGCCUCACAGGAAUAUGGGGGUUUAGGGCUUGGAUACCUUGAACAUGUUUUGGUCAUGGAAGAGGUUUCUCGAGGAAGUGGAUCAAUUGGUCUCUCCUAUGCAGCCCAUUCAAAUCUUUGUGUCAAUCAAAUUGUCCUUAAUGGGAGCGCGUCUCAGAAGAGCCGUUAUUUAUCAAAGCUAUCGGCCACGGCCACCGAAGGAGGAUAUUUGUUGAAUGGAACUAAAAUGUGGAUUACGAAUGGCCCGAUUGCAGACAUUCUUAUCGUUUAUGCUCGCAUGAACGACUCAAAGAGAAUCACAGCAUUUGUUGUAGACAAAUGUGCCCCUGGGUUUUCCACUGGACCAGCUCUAGACAAGCUGGGGAUGCGGGGAUCGCCAACUUCGGAAAUAAUAUUUUCAAAUUGCUUUGUCCCCGAGUCCAAUGUACUUGGUGGUAUCGGAAACGGUGCUUAUGUGCUUAUGAGCGGACUUGAUUACGAGCGGUGUGUCCUUGCUGCUGGACCCCUUGGCUUGAUGCAAAACGCCCUCGAAAAUGCUAUUCCCUACACUUCAAUUAGAGAACAAUUCGGAUCUCGAAUUUGCGACUUUGAGGUUAGAAAAAUUGCCGAUGCAUAUGCAAAAUUAUCGGCCUCAAGAGCAUAUCUUUAUGGCGUAGCCAAGGCUUGUGAUAGGGGUGUCCGUAGCAAUAGGGACUGCGCGGGUGUGAUCCUUUAUGCUGCAGAGAGAGCCACUGAGGUCGCUUUGGAUGCUAUUCAGCUUCUCGGCGGAAACGGAUACACCAACGACUAUCCCGUUGGAAGGAUAUUAAGAGAUGCUAAGCUGUAUGAGAUUGGUGCAGGCACUAGCGAAAUCAGACGAAUGUUGAUUGGCAGAGAGUUUGGGAAGAUGUUUCCAGAGGCAGAAAAAUGA